AUGACCAAGCAUGCAGGACUCGACACCGACGUCGCCGUGAACGGCAACGCAUCACAUCCCGAAACUUUUUCUGGCGACAACGAGAAUGCUGUUCUUGCCAUCCGCAACCUGGUCUUCGACAUCUGCACCCAGAAUGGUGGAGGCCACGGCGGUUCGGCCUUGGGCAUGGCGGCCAUCGGAGUCGCGCUGUGGAAGUAUGUCAUGCGCUACAACCCAGCCGACCCCGAGUGGUUUGACCGGGACCGCUUUGUUUUGUCCAACGGCCAUGCUGCCAUGUUCCUCUACGUCAUGAACCACCUCACCGGAUACGACGUGUGGACCAUGAAGGAGCUCAAGGGCUACGGAAGCGGCAAGGAGAACGGCUUCCACACCUUGUGUCAUGCCCACCCGGAGGUCCAAGUCCCCGGCGUCGAGGUGACGACCGGUCCCCUUGGCCAGGGCGUUGCAAACGCUGUUGGCCUGGCAAUCGCCUCGAAGAAUCUUGCCGGCAACUUCAACAAGCCCGAUUUCCCGCUUGUGCAGUCCAGGAUAUGGAGUGUGUGCGGUGAUGGCUGCCUGAUGGAAGGAGUUGCCCUUGAAGCCAUCUCCCUCGCCGGUCACUUGCAGCUGGACAACCUCGUGCUCAUCUAUGACAACAACGCCGUCACGUGUGAUGGGCCUCUGGGCUGGAUCAACACCGAGGACAUCAACGCCAAGAUGAGGUCCCAGGGCUGGCACGUCAUCGACGUCGAGGACGGCACCCAUGACGUCGAGUCCGUCCUGGCUGCCCUUCGACUUGCCAAAUCGUACACCGGAAAGCCCGUCUUCAUCAACAUCAGGACUGUCAUCGGCGUGGGCACUUCCACGGCUGGCACCCACAAAGCUCACCACGGCGUCUUCGACAAGGAAAGCAUCGCCAAGUCCAAGGCGCUUGCGGGCCUGGAUCCCAACUCUACCCACGAGGUUCCAGCAAGAGCGCUCGACUUCUUCCGUGAGAGGCGGCACCAUGGAAUCGAGAUUCAGCGGGAAUGGGACGAUCUCCUGACACGCUACUCGAAAUUAUACCCCAAGGAGGCAGCCGCCUUCAUCAGACGGAGAAGUUCCAGCGUCGAGGAUGGAAUCCAAUUGUUGUCGAAGAUGGACAGCAAGGAGCUCGAGGGUAAGGCCACGCGACAGAGCAACGGUAUCAUCCUGGAGCGCCUGUGGGAAGCAGUGCCUUCGCUUUGCGGCGGAGGUGCCGAUCUGGUCAACUCCAACAUGGUCAGCUACGCCACCGACGACGUCUUCCUGCCGCAGACGGGCCACAAGGGCCGCUACAUUCGCAACGGAAUCAGAGAGCACGCCAUGGCAUCCAUCGCCAACGGAAUCGCCGCAUACAACCCAGGAACAUUCCUCCCCAUCACGGCAACCUUUUUCAUGUUCUACCUCUACGCAGCUCCAGGUGUCCGCAUGGGCGCCCUCAGCAACCUCCCAGUAAUCCACAUCGCCACCCACGACUCAUUCCAAGAAGGCCAAAACGGCCCCACCCACCAGCCCGUCGAGCUGGACUCCCUCUACCGCGCCAUGCCCAAUCUUCUCUACAUCCGGCCCUGCGACGGCGAAGAGGUCCUCGGCGCCUGGACGCUAGCCCUCAGCAACACCUCGCAACCGACGCUGCUCUCGCUCGCGCGUGACCCGGUUCUGCGGAGCGUGCCCAACACGGACCGCACCAAGGUGCAGCGCGGCGCCUACGCCGUCGUCGCGCCCGACGCGUACGACGUCACGCUCGUGAGCUGCGGGUCGGCGCUGCACUACGCCGUGUCGGCGGCCGAGGCGCUCGAAUCCAGCAGGGGCAUCAAGGUGCGCGUCGUCAGCGCCCCGAGUCUGGAUCUGUUCGAGGCGCAGGAGGAGGCGUACAAGGACGAGAUCUUCCCCAAGGGCGAUGCCAGGCCCAUUGUGAGUGUUGAGGAAUACAUCGCGACGACUUGGGCGAGGUAUGUGACGGCGAGUGUGAGCAUGACUGGGUAUGGGUACAGCGGGUCGAAUCGCGGGAAUUAUGCGCGGUUCGGGCUGGAUGCGGAGGGGAUUGAGAAGAGGGUUGGGGGUUAUUUGGACUGGUUGGCCGGACGGGAUGCGAGGGGUUUGGGGUGGAGGCAGUUGUAG